CUUUCUUUCCCUUCCUCUCUUCAGUCUAUAAACACAUUCAUCAUGGGUGCUGGCUCUAUUGAUCCUAAGAACGGCGUGUUCAUGGGUGGCUGGGGUAACUUCGGCUGCCCUACCCCCCAGCGCAUCGCGACCUACUCCCUGUCGCCCAACCGUCAGCGCCCGCUGGCCGGUGCCUUCAACGCGGCCAUCUUCAACACCUUCCGUCGCUGCAAGGCCCAGGUGCUCUAUGUCGUUCCUCCGUUCGUUGCCGCUUACGCCGCCAUGAACUGGGCCAUUGAGCGCAACCACUACCUGCAAUCCAAGCCCGGUCGUCUCGCCGAGGGUGGUGACGAAUAAAUGGAGGAAUCUCGUGUUUGGAUUGCGCUGUACAUUAAUUAGAGCAAUCGAUCGUUCUAUAUCUUCUUCC